AUGCAUUCCCAGGAAACCUGUAUAAGUGUAACAGCUGUUUACUCUCUGUUUCUCUAAAAAUACAGAGAGGUUUGAGAAAGUCGAUAAAAGUGCCUAAAACCUCCCACCAAACAUAUUACACUAUGACUACUUCUCCUUUCUUUUCUUAAUUCUUUUCUUCCUCCAUUUUUUUAUAUCAAUCAUUUUCUUUACCAAACUUAUCUAUAUAAUCUAUUUGUUCUUUAUUAUAUUGAUUCUUCAUCAGAAUAAUUCUCAAACCCAACUCAAAUUUUCAAUUCUUAGCCUUCCUUUUACAGUUAUUCAAUCAUUGUCAUUCUCUUAAUCUAUUAUUUGUACUUUCAUUAUAGUCAACACCCAAGUUUUUAAGGACAUAAUCACAUAAUCACCCUUUGAACAAGCUAGUUUUCUGGGUUUGAUUCAUCAUUUUGGACUGCUUUUAAAAUCAAAAGUUUCUGAUAAGUGGUUGAAGUUAUUAGGCUAAUAAGGGAUAUAUUGAUCAAAAAGAAGAAACAAGCUUAUAGGGAAAACACUAAGAGAGUUAUAGUUUGUUUGAGCAUAUGGGGAAGCCAAGGAGGCUAUCUUACAUAGCAGUACCAUCCCAAAUCAUAAACUCCCUCUCUUCGUCUUCCCUCAAUUCUCUACUCGAGUCUCCGAAGAAAUCUUCCAAGAGAGGAAAGAAGUUUGUUCUAUGCAGCAACCUGAUUAAGAGGCCAACCUUGUGUUUUUUGACACUAAUUUUCGUCGUAGGAUUUUUUGGCCUUAUAAAACUCUACUUUAACCUCAAUUUAGAGCCAUUGACACAGUUGUUCCCUACCCCAUGUAAUCAGUUAGAUACAGUUAAGUCAAACAAUGGGAUUAUGCUUGCACAAGAAGAGCAGCUCGGGCUUAACAAGAGUAUGCGCCGAUUAUCAGAAGACAAGAACAUAAAAAUGGUGAACGAGAAGGAAAAUGAAGAGGCUUCUAGCACUUUCUGGAAGCAACCGGAUAGUUUUGGGUAUAAACCGUGUCUAACAUUCAGCCAAGAAUAUAAGAAGACAAGUCCAGAUAUCCUUAAGGACAGGACUAAAUACUUGAUGGUGGUUGUAAGUGGUGGGAUGAAUCAACAACGGAAUCAGAUUGUUGAUGCUGUUGUAAUUGCUCGAAUUCUUGGAGCUGCACUUGUUGUUCCUGUUCUUCAAGUUAACAUCAUAUGGGGAGAUGAGAGUGAAUUCUCGGAUAUAUUCGAUUUAGAGCACUUUAAGAAAACGCUUGCAGAUGAUGUACGAAUUGUUUCAUCACUUCCAUCAACACACUUGAGGACCAAACCACCCGAGGAGAGUCAAACUCCCUUCGAUGCCUCCCCACGAUGGAUCCGCCAACAUUACCAUGGAAAGCUCAGAAGAUAUGGGGUUUUGCUGUUACGUGGUCUAGAUUCAAGGCUGUCGAAGGAUCUCCCAUCCGAUCUGCAGAAGCUACGCUGCAAGGUCGCCUUUCAUGCCCUCAAGUUUGCCCCCCACAUUUUACACAUCGGUAACAAGAUUGCUGAAAGGAUGAGCCACAAAGGCCCUUAUAUAGCUCUCCAUCUGCGCAUGGAGAAAGAUGUUUGGAUUAGAACUGGGUGUUCACCGGGUUUGAGUACAGAAUAUGAUGACAUGAUCGAAAAUGAAAGGAAGCAGCGGCCUAAGCUUCUUACUGCCAAGUCCAAUAUGACUUCCCAUGACCGAAAGCUUGCUGGUCUUUGCCCGUUAAAUGCACUAGAAGUUGCUCGCUUGCUUAAAGCACUUGGUGCGCCCGAAAGUGCAAGAAUAUAUUGGGCCGGAGGAGACCCUUUUGGUGGUAAAGAUGCCUUGCUUCCUCUCACUGCAGAGUUUCCUCACUUUUAUAACAAAGAAGAUCUUGCACGUCCUGGUGAAUUAGCGCCAUUCGCAAAUCGAGCUUCCUUCAUGGCAGCUAUCGAUUUUAUAGUUUGUGAGAAGAGUGAUGUAUUCUUAGCCUCCCAUGGCGGAAACAUGGGACAUGCGAUCCAGGGAUUUAGGGCUUACGCAGGGCACAAAAAGCUUAUAACACCUAAUAAAAGACACAUGUUGCCGUACUUUCUGAAUACGUCUCUACCAGAAACGGAGUUCAACAAAAUCGUAAAAGAGCUCCAUCGAGACUCUUUAGGACAACCCGAAUUCAGGACAAGCAAACCCGAUAGAGAUGUUACAAAGUAUCCUGUGCCGGAGUGCAUGUGCAAUACUUCAGACAUACAUUCUUCCGCUUAAAGACCUAGCUCGGAAACUUUAUACUCACUCAGAAACGUUCUUUCAAAAGAGCUUCAAGUGUCCGUAAAACAUUAGAGCAAGCAAAACUUGUAUAUUCGGAUAUAUAUAGUGAAGAUCUCGACAACAUUCAAGGGGAUCCACGGUGCACAAUACGCAAAGGUUUAUUCUUUUUAUUCUUUGUAAAUUCGAUAAUAUAUACAUCACGCCAUCUCUGUAUCACAUCCUAUACCUGUAGAUAUGUAUAGAUAGAACCACAAACAAGUUUUUUCAAAUGUAUUAUUUUCGUGUUGAUGAAGCGCUUGAUCGAGUUGACGAGAUCCCCUAUGUUCACCCCCCGAUGAGGAUUAGAGAAUAAAUGAAGAAAGAUUAAUAAAAAGUCUAGUUAAGCUGUGCCUUAAGUUAACCUA